CGUCCGGAAGCUGCCGGCUUGCAGAAAAACAGCUCUGCCACUGAAUCACAGCGUUCACUUCUCCAUUACUACAUUUUGUUCGCCACCGUGGAAAUAAAUGUUGCUAAAAAUCAAGACGCUCCGCUCCGUGGGAAAGCGACAUCAAAGCGAGUCCGACAAAAACCGACUAUAAACUACAUUACCCAUCAUGCAACGCUAGAGGCUUUACGUGCUUGCGUCCCUUUGCGGAUGUUGACGCACUACUGUUUCAAAAGUUUCAGUGGCGCUAAUGGCGCUGAUAGCGCUCUGCACUGAAAUUUAGCUCGAAUUGUUUGGGUCAGAACCAGGCAACUUUCGUUACCUCUGACUUUUUCGACUCGCUUAAUUAGUUUGACGACAUUUAGGUUCUUUUUACGUUCCGCGUAGCUCCGGAUGCUGUUUCCAUGGUGAUGGAACUUUCUGUUUACGGCGGCUGCCAAUUGUUAGCUUAUUAUUUUUUUUAAUCGUGUGUGUUUUUUAAAUUAAUUUGAGUGAUGUCUUCGGGAUUACAGCCCUUUGAGCCUCAGAGUGUCGGAUUAGCUGGUCAUGAAGAAGUUUCUCGUCACAAACAAGCUGAAGCUGAAGCUCAAAGGACCUCCUUUCAUCUGAGAUUCAACAAUCUGACUCUGGAUGAACUGAGUGAAGAGCUUGAGAGACGAACAAAGGAAACAGAAAAACUGCAAGAGGAGGUUGAAGAUGCAACCAGGGAGGCUCUGAAGAGAUUCAGCUGCACUUAYGAAGGAAAAUCAGGACAAAGCUGCAGCAAUCAUGACUCAUCUGAAGAGUCCCCCAUGUUUUCGGCCCACCAGCGGGCAGUGACUCAGCCUCUGGGUUGCAGUCUGGAUACUUUAAAACAGAAGGUGGUCCAGAAAGAGAGAUCAUCUGAAAAAACAAACGAUCAACCUGAGCAAGAUACAUUUAGUCAUCAAAGUGCCGUCAUGAACUUGCAGACUAAGCUGCAUGAACUCCAGGAUGACCUGUCUGACCUGAGGUUGAAGGAUUCAAGGAAGCACACGGAUCAAAUGGGAAAGAUGUUGUCCAUCCUGGAUGAGCUUCAGAACAUUAAAAGGUCUGCGGACCAGAAGCUCCAAGAAUCUGAGGAUGAGGCGUUGGAACUUCACAGGAAGGUAGAAUCACUAGAACGGUUCGUAAAGGAGAUUUACCAAACACUGUGUGAGAAGCAGUGUGGGGACACCCCCAUCAGCUCUCAUACUGGGAAAAGUCAAGCAGUUCAUGUAAACAAAGAUCUCAAAACGAACACAAACAAGCUGCAGACAAGACGAUUUUCGUCAAAAGAACAACAGAGGACUGAUGAAAAUAAUGAAGUAUAUCAGCAAGAAAGUCUUCACGAUCGUCCCAGCUUAGAAGACCUGAUUACAAGUCUUGUCCAGGAGAUGGCGACGUUGACCGACAAACUGAGUUCAUCAAAGGACAGCGGAGCCAGCCUCUGUGACAAGCUGGGGUUGCUAAAAAAACUGGCAGAGAGACAAACCACACAGCACCUCCAUCACGUCAGUGCACUCGAGUCAGCCAUCUCCAGCUACAAAGAAAAGGUUUGUUGUCUGGAGCAGACGAUCCUCGAAGCUCAGACUCAACUCUUUAACACUCAGAAAGAAAGAGAGCAAUCACUACAAGAGGCAGAAGACCUCCAGUCCCACCUCUGUCAGCUCAAGCAGCAGCUUCAGCUCAGUGUAGACCCAAAGGUUCUGAACGCRCAGCUGGAGGUAGCCAGGGAGCAGCUUUGCAAAGCUGUAGAGGAGAAAACCUGCCUCCAGACCCUGCUGGAGCAGAAAGCCCAGGAGCACCUCGUUAGUUUAAAAGACGCUCAGAGUCGGCACCAGACGCUGUGGGCUGAUCAGGAAACGCUGAGGAUGAAGCUGAGCGACAGAGAGAAGGCGAUCGACGCUCUGAGGCUGCAGAUGGAGAGCAGUGUCCAGACGACAGAGCAGCACAGACGCACGAUCGACAGCCUCCAGCAGGAGAACGGCCUCCUCAUUAACCAGCUCAACCAGCACAAGCUGGAGGUGCAGCAGCUGAGGGCCGAGUUGGCCCAACGCCGGUCUGACCUGACUGCUGUGGAACACGAGAGGCGACGGCUGAAGGCCUCUGUGUCUGAGCGGAGUCAGCGCAUCAGAGAGGAGACGCUGGAGAAAGAGGAAGUCGCCGCACAGCUGGAGCUGCAGCGCGUGCAGCUGCUCAGUCUUACCAAGGCACACGAGGAGCUGCAGCGGCUCCACAGCUGUAAGGAGGACGAGCACGAGGGCGUGGCGCUGAGGCUUCGCAGUCAGCUGAUCAGCGCCCAUGAUGAGCUGGAUAAGAUCAGGAGCACCCUGAGGACCCUCCAGGGAGCGGACGGCCAUGGCCUCCAGGUUGCUUUGGACAUGCAGAAGGAGAUCACUGCCAAGAGAGAGCAGGUCGACUCUCUGCAAAGUAGAAUCCAACAUCUAGAGGAAAAAGUGGAGCAACUGCAACAGGAGAAACGCUCCCAGAGCCUGGAGACCCACCGUCAGCUGCAGGAACUGGCGUUUAUCAGGGAGGAGAAGAGGCAACUCGCCAACGAACUGAAGGCCCUUCGCUCCAAAGACCAGCAGCUGAGGGAGCGGAUCAGCGAGCUGGAGGCCAUCCUUCACAAGAUGUCAGAGAGCUUUGCAAACUGCCAGGACUUCCUCCAAGUGAGAGAACAGGAGUAUUUUCGCCUGAAACUCCAACACGCUCUGGACCUGAAGGAGCUCCAAGGUCAGACUCUGUGCACAGUUCCAGCUGUACCUCCACCUGAUCUGAACUCCCAGACCUCACCGGCACAGACCGUUCGGAUCAAGUCCAACGAGCGGCGGGAGAGUUCCACCUGCGAGCUCAGAUCUCCUCUCAGAGAUCUGCGACCGCACACCGACGAGGGGAUUUCCAGCUGCGCCUCCUUCCACAGGAGGAGGAGGUCCGCGCCGGAGCGCCGGCACAAAACCACACUUUCUAAAACAUGCUCCAGAUUGAGGACCUGCAGCAGUGAGACACAUUUCCAGAAGACACCUGGGCUGAGUGGGCUAAUCCUAAGCAGGGAGACCCGCUGCAWACUGAGCCCAGUGACCUCAGCAAAGUUCAGCUGCGCCACACAGAUCCUCGCCAUCGGCCGCAAGUCACCGGUUCACAAUCUCCUGACCUCUGACCCCCACGGCUAACAGAAAACCCAGGAAUCUGAGGCGACCUCAUCGUGUCUGUGAGCUGCUGUCUUCAUGAAAUUAUAAUGAAUUSUAAUACUGUGUUGACACUGAAACCAGGCUUAAUUACGGUUAUAUAACUGGUUAAAAGGUAAAACAACAGCUGCUGCUUCGAGUUCACUGCACGAGGAAAUUUUAAUGACUUAACUAGAGCCAGCUGUUCACACAGACUGAGUCAUGUGGCCUUUUUUAGUYUUCUGUUUAGUUUGAGAACUGAAGUUUUACCCUGUUAACUUAAAGGGAAGCURAAAUAUGUGUUUAUUGUUUUUCAUGAAUUCUCAUCAAAUGAGGUUUGACCUUAAAAGAUUUUUAUUAUGACCCCUGCACGCGAAGUGUAAGCUGGUCAUAUUGUUUUCGUACUGGUUUUUUUUCUCCCCCAGUGAUUUUUGGUCAACUGUAGCACAAAAACGGCUGCACCAGUCAACAUGAAAUUUGGCAGGACUGUAGAUGAG